AUGACAGUGGCUCGCAUCUCCUUUGUGCGGGUCAAAUACCUGUUCCUCACCUGGCUGACAGUGUUUGUCGGAGGCUGGGUGAUCUACGUCCAGUACUCCAACUACACCGAGCUGUGCCGAGGACAUGAGUGCAAGAACGCCAUAUGUGACAAAUACAGGAGAGGCAUCAUUGACGGCUCGGCCUGCAGCAGCCUUUGUGACAAAGACACCCUCUACCUGGGCAGGUGCCUCUCUACCAGCCCCAACAACCAGGUGUACACAGGUGGCUGGGGUGACGUGGACGGGGUGAUCCGCUGCCAGGUGGGGGAGGUGCUGCACUAUGAGCUGGGAGAGGAGCCUGAGCCCCGGAGAGAGGCUGCAGUCUUCGACAAACCCACCCGCGGAACGUCUGUGGAGAAGUUCCGCGAGAUGGUCUUCAAUCACCUCAAGCUUCCUCCCCCUCUCUCCACUUACUCCCAUCUCCAGUCAAAACUGGGCGAGCAAGCUAAUCUGGCCAGCCUGGUGACCCAAAUACUCAGCGUCGCCGACGGCAACAAGGACGGCCACGUCUCGCUCCCAGAGGCCCGUUCGGCCUGGGCUCUUCUCCAGUUGGACGAGGUGCUGCUGGGCCUGCUCCUCCAGGAACGGGGCCACACCCCUCGUCUGAUGGGCUUCUGUGGAGACCUGUACGUGACCGAGAGGGUACCCUAUGGCCCCCUUUACGGUGUCAGCCUCCCCUGGCCCCUGGAGGCCUGGGUCCCCAGUGGGGCCCGACGCAGCAUGGACCAGUGGUUCACCCCCUCGUGGCCCCGCAAAGCCAAGAUCUCCAUGGGCCUCCUGGAGCUGGUGGAGGACAUCUUCCACGGCAACUACGGCAGCUUCCUCAUGUGCGACCUGAGCGCCGGCCACUUCGGCUACACGGACCGCCACGACCUCCGCCUCACCGACCCGAGGGCCAUCGUCUCUGAGGACGCGUUCAGGCGAACCAUGCGCGCGCUGCACUGCGAGAAGGACGACGACUGCUUGUUGGGGGCGGACUGCCGGACAUCAUGCGACGUGGCUCAGAAACGAUGCAGAGAGGAGGUGACCCAGCCCAACCUGGCCAAGGCGUGCAGGGCGCUGAGGGACUACCUCCUGAGGGGAGCGCCAACGGCGCUGAGGGAGGAGCUAGAGAGGCAGCUGUAUGCCUGCAUGGCCCUCAGGGGCUCAGCGGGCCAGAUGGACAUGGAACACUCGCUCAUCCUGAACAACCUCAAAGCUCUGCUGUGGAGACAGAUCUCCCAUACUAAAGACUCAUGAUGCUCAAAGAAUUGAGACGUAAUUGACAAGUCUGCUACUGACACAGUGGCUUGGGAAGAGGAGCCUUUGGGGAAAUGAUUUCGAAAAAAAUCAACCACUCUGGUGGAUUGUUCAUUCAAGGCGUACUAUAUUGUUUUAUCUACCACCCGUUUCAUGCAGCAUAGCAGUUGUUUUGGCGGUGUAACCGCAUUAGAGCUGUCAAAUCCACAAGUUGCUCCUGGCAUUAUACCUAUGUGAAAGGAAAUUACUGGAACUCCCUUUAGAAAAGCUAUUUUUUCACUACUUUGUUUUGUAGUAAACAGAGGAAGAUGAGUGUUCCCAGUGACAUCAUCGGUGUGCAUCGUGUGAUUUUAACCAAUUAUGAGCAGGCAUUGCCUACUAAUUGGUUGUCAAUGGAAAUCUUCCUCUUUUUUUUUACUACUUAAUGUGCCAUUUUCACAUUUUGAUGUUAGUGUGGUGCUGGAGAUAUUUUUUCCUUUAAGAUACGUUGUACAACUUCGAACACUAAUGUGAGAUGUAGUCUACACCUCGAUUAGGCUGAUGAAUGAUUUUCAAUUUGAGCUUCUUUAUUUCCCGUUCUGAACUUCUAAAGCGACUGGCUUCAUGACAAUCAAAAGCAGCCUCUCACCGAUUUGACAGCUCCACCUCAGUCACCGCCCAAACAUUAGCUAUCCGGGUGUCGGCUAUCGCUUGAUCCGAUUUAAUCUAGGCAUGAGUCGUUGGAAGAAUGGACUACUACAAUUCAGGAUGCUGGGAAACUGUAGAGAUACUUGCUGUUUAUGAAGGAGCAUUUUGAAGUGAUAGUAUUAAGUACUUGUACAUUACAUGAAGACAAUGUGACCAAUAUAUCUAACCGUAUAGAAGUCUAUGGCUUUGUCCCAAUAAUCUUUCCUGCCAUGAUUUGAAAUGACCAGUAUUACCAUUUAGUCCAUACCUUGACCGAUCCAUUGUUUUUAGAUUCAUGGGAAGUAGUGGAACG